CCCUCUCUUUAUAUUCUCUCCGUAGUCCGUUGAAACCUAAAAAACGCGUCCCAUUCGGCACCUUCCUAGCUGGUCAGCGGGCCUUGUCUUCACCUUCUCUCUGCUACCAUCUAUAUAUAUCUCAAAUUAUAUUCCCGUUUCUGUUCACGCACUUCUAUUAUUUCUUUUUCUCCCUCUUCUUUUCUUAUUAGCCUUCGAAUCUUUUUUUUCUUCUAAUUUUAAUUAGUUUUAUUACUCGACCAUUAAGAUUCUAAUUUAAAUAUAGUACUAAUAAUCCUUCUAUACUGCACAUUGUCUAUAUAAUUUCGUUUGGCUGCCGCUUACAGCUAGCUUCUUCCUCUCUCUCCUUCUGUGGCCUUUCCUGGUAGAUUCAAGCAAUCCGUCUGGGAUUUACCGCUCGAGAGGAGAGAUGGCAGAGCCAAAGCCAACUACACCCUUGAUCUCACCAUCAUCGUCGCGAAACCUUCCUGAUUUCAAAAAAUCUGUAAAGCUAAAAUAUGUUAAGUUGGGUUACCAUUACGUCAUCACCCAUGGAAUGUACCUUUUCCUUUCCCCCCUUGUUGUCUUAAUUGCUGCUCAGAUUUCUACAUUUUCUCUUCAAGAUUUUUAUUCCCUUUGGGAGCAUCUACAGUAUAAUCUCAUAUCAGUGGUCUGCUGCUCAAUGCUUCUUGUUUUCCUAUUUACUCUAUAUUUUAUGAGUCGUCCUCGGCCUGUAUACCUUGUUAACUUUUCCUGCUACAAGCCUGAAGAAUCUCGCAAAUGCACGAAAAGGAUUUUCAUGGAUCAGUCUCGGAUGACAGGAACAUUUUCAGAGGAGAAUCUCAACUUUCAGCAGAGGAUUCUUGAGAGAUCUGGCUUAGGGGAUUCGACUUAUCUUCCUGAGGCUGUCCUCAAUAUUCCUCCUAACCCAUCAAUGCAAGAAGCUCGAAAAGAAGCUGAGGCCGUGAUGUUUGGAUGUGUUGAUGCGCUUUUGGCUAAGACCUCCAUUAAGCCCAAAGAUAUUGGAAUCUUGAUAGUGAAUUGCAGCUUGUUUAAUCCUACUCCAUCUCUUUCUGCUAUGGUUAUCAACCAUUACAAGCUUCGAGGGAAUAUUGUUAGCUACAAUUUAGGCGGGAUGGGUUGCAGUGCAGGUCUGAUCUCAAUAGCUCUUGCUAAGGAUCUUCUUCAGGUCCAUCCUAAUUCCUAUGCAUUGGUUAUCAGCAUGGAGAACAUCACUUUGAAUUGGUACUUUGGAAAUGAUAGAUCAAAGCUUGUUUCGAACUGUUUAUUCAGAAUGGGAGGGGCUGCAAUAUUGCUCUCGAACAAACGGUCUGAUAGAAGAAGGUCAAAGUACCAGUUAGUACACACUGUCCGUACUCACAAGGGUGCAGAUGAUAAGUGCUUUUCUUGUGUUAUGCAAGAGGAAGACUCCAAUGGGAAGGUUGGUGUUACGUUGUCAAAGGAUCUCAUGGCAGUUGCAGGUGACGCCCUGAAAACUAACAUAACUACAUUGGGGCCUCUUGUUCUGCCAAUGUCGGAACAGCUGCUAUUCUUUGCCACAUUAGUCGGUAAGAAACUUUUCAAGAUGAAGAUCAAGCCGUACAUCCCUGAUUUCAGACUAGCUUUUGAGCAUUUCUGCAUUCAUGCUGGGGGAAGAGCUGUUUUGGAUGAAAUUGAGAAGAACUUGCAGCUUUCUGAUUGGCACAUGGAGCCAUCAAGGAUGACACUUUACCGAUUCGGGAAUACCUCAAGCAGUUCCCUUUGGUAUGAACUGGCUUAUUCAGAAGCUAAGGGAAGGAUUAGGAAAGGAGAUAGAACAUGGCAAAUAGCAUUCGGUUCAGGGUUUAAGUGUAACAGUGCAGUGUGGAAGGCUUUGAGGACAAUAAACCCUGCAAAGGAAAAGAGUCCCUGGAUGGAUGAGAUCCAUCAGUUUCCAGUUGAUGUUCCUAGGGUAGCAACUAUUUAAUCCCUAAAAUGGUUGGUUAUGGUGUAGAUUGUUGAGGACAUGUGAAUUGAUUGGUUUGUGAAAGGCAUUUUUUUAAUUAUUCUAGAAUUGGAGCCAGGUUAUUUGGAGGACUGAAAUUGAAAUUUGUAACUGAUUUGUUCUGGCAUUUCAUUUCUGCUUUCAAUGUAAGCAUCAUAAAUUUGCUGCUUAAAUUGCUUCACUUUUUGUUUUA